CUUGCAGUCAGUUGAAAUAUUAAGUUCCAAGUACUGUUUAUCCAAUAAUUAUAAGAGCUUUCUGCGAGGCACCCCACCCACCCCAUGACAGCAACUUCCUCAACAAAACGAAAUAAUUGAAAGUCAGUCAGUGUCUCAUCGAUUCUCAAAAGCUUAGUCACAAGGACGCUUGAGUGCAAUGAGUGGACGGACACUUCUCCUGCUCCUCACAGUGUGUGCGCACCACGCAAGAUGUCAACGAAAGCCAACAGUCUCCAUGUUACCCACACUGAAGGAGAUCUUCAUCGGAGAUUUGUUUUACUUGCGCUGUGACACUACAAGCCCCGUGAAAUGGUACUUUAACGAUGAAGAACAGUUGCAGCAAACGGGCAACACGUGGAAGUUCACAGUCGCCUCACCAAAGCACUCGGGCUCAUACCAAUGUGAGCACAACGGGCGAAAGAGCGACACAUUUCCCAUCGACGUCGUGGACUUCAGCCCCAUGGCUUCACUCACCAUCAACACUGGACACCCGGUGAUGCAGAGUGGACGCGCAGUGAUCCUGCAGCUCGACAACGAGGAGGGUCUGCAGGGAUGGAGGUGCAGGGUCUACAGGAGAGCAAAUGAAACGAAGACAAUUAAGUUUAAACUGAAGAGCAAUAAGACUGCGGACAUUUACACCGAAAUGCGGAGCGGGGUCCCCGAGACCAUUUUCUGGUGUACUAACCGCACUCAAGGCGACAGAAGUAACCAAAUCAUAAUCAGGACCUCAGAUAAAGCCUUGUCUCUGGAAAUGUACCCCCUGCCUGCUGUGAUUGGGGAGAGUCUGACUCUGAAGUGCCUCGUCUGGGGAACGGAUCAAAUCAGCAACGCUGUCUUCUACAAAGACGACAACGUCCUCAGCGAAGCCACCUCGACCUUCGUCAUCAGCAAAGUGACGGAAGUCACACAGGGACGCUACAAAUGCGAGGCCACCUACACGCACAAGGCUUACAUUAGCGGUCCUCCUUAUCAUGAAACCUCUGAUGUUCAAGAUGUUUUAGUCCAAGGUGUGUGCGUAACCAUUCUCUCUCUACUAAAGUUUUUUUGUCCUCCAGUGGACACAUCUCAAACUCCUUGUUUCGUCUUCUUUCAGCACCUCCCGCCAAGGCCGUCCUCUCUGUAGACAGCGGCUUGUUAUCGUGCUCUUGUCCGCAGUGUCGCAGUGACUUCUCUCAUCGGUGGUACUACAAGAGUGACAGUCAGUCAUGGGAGUCCGUGGUCGGCGAUUCACACCUAAUGGCACCAAGGAGAAGUGGCACUUACGCGUGUCGAGCUGUGAGGAACAACAGGAAGUCUUUUCUCAGCAACACUUAUGUUUAUGACAGCCACGGUGGACCAAGUCUGCCCCUUAUCAUUUUGUUCAUCUUGCUGCCCUUGGCUGGCACGCUGAUAAGUGCAGCAGUUUGUUAUACAUUAUGGAAAAAGAGACAUAGCCCAGGCCCAAUCUACGAGGACGUGGCACUGAGGUUGCAAGACGGUGGCGACAGAUAUGAGACAGUGCGGAAGGGAGGCAGAGAGGCCGAGUAUGACACCCUUAACAAAGGGGCGGCAGGCGGAGAGAGGAAGGAGGCCGACUAUCAAGCCCUGGAGAAAGGAGAGAUGAAAGAGGGGGUUUAUCAUACCCUGGGAACAGAGGGGGAAACAGGGGCCCAGGGAGGGUAUGAAGCACUGAAAAAAGCAGGGAUGAAGGAGGGCGUGUAUCAUACCCUGGGAAC